AUGAAUGGUGGUCAGACCAUUGUCAGAAUUCCAAUGGAUACUUCGGUGCAGAACAUGAUUUCGAUAAGGAAGAUAAGAAAACCACGAACCACUAUUGACCAAGAACAAGGGACUUGGGCAUUCUUUGAGACAAAACAAAUGAUAGACGCGUAUCGAUACCAAUGGUUGAAGAUCAACGUCUUUUCGCGAUGGACAGAAGCAACCAACCAGACGGUUCUCAUCUUAUUUGAUCUGGAUAUGGCUGUCAUGGAUCACCUUCUCCAAACCUUCAAGCAGGUAGAACCAGACUGCCUGGCCGAUCCAUUCUGGCCCUACAUUGAGCUGUCUGGCGAGGUCGCGCGAUUGCAAGACACCGCCGUAUGGCGGAUCCGCAACCAGGUUCGGGACAUUGAAACCCAUAGAGUACAAGGCAAGCCCGAGCCCGAGUAUAGGCGGCUCCACGACCUGGCGCGACACGCCAUUCACGUCAGCGAGAGCCUCGACGUCGCCGCCCGGACCCUGGAGGCCAUCAACGCACAGCACCACGACACCCAGUCGACAAGCCUCGACCGUAGGGCAUGGACCCGUGUCCGCCAGCGACUGCUGUUUCACAAGCAGCUGGUCGACAGUCUGCGCUACCGCUCCGUCUCCAACGAAAAGAGGCUGCAAAACGAGAUCCAGCUCGCCUUCAAUACGGUAGCGCAGUACGACUCGGCCUUGUCAGUCAAGAUUGGCGAGGCGGCCAAGAUUGAUAGCGCCGCCAUGAAGACCAUUUCUCUGCUGACUCUGGCCUUUCUGCCUCCCACUUUUAUCUGUGCUAUUUUCAGCAUGUCUUUCUUCAACUAUGAUUCCGAAGGUGGAUGGACAGUGUCCAAUCAGUUCUGGAUGUACUGGGCGUUUGCCGUGCCUUUGACACUGCUCACCUCGAUCGUUUGUUACAAGUGGCAAGACAUUACCGAAUUUAUUGAUCGGUUCAGAAGACAACAAGUGCAAGAGAAAGUCAUCCAAGAGAAAGACAGGACUGCGAUUUCGCCAAUAUAA